CCCAGGAUCAUGGUCUUAUUAUCACUGGGCUACCCCUUCAAUCCCAUAGGCCAUUUCCUAAAAUGUUUACGCAGGACGACCAUUACCUUGGGCCAGCUUGUAUUCACUGAUUUGGGGAUCCGUUGUAGACCUCACUAUCCUGUAGAAUCUGGAGUCUGGACCCUAUUAGGCCCAUAUGUAUUUGAGUUUAUGGUCUCGAUGGACCUUCUUCUGGGGGUCCAAAGUCUAAGGUGAAUUUCUGGUGCAAGAAAAGUUGGUUGCUAAAGACCAAAACUGUUUUUUAUAUGGCCUAAAGAACGACAUUUGACACAUGACACUUUGACAUAUAACAAAAUACGUCAUUCAUUUGUAAGGGCAGUGUCAGCACAUGCCAAAAGCAGUGGCAAAACGACGCGAGGCUACAAAUGAUGAGCACUCACCACAGCACAUUUCGAUAAACCCCACUCAAAACAAGGCCUGCGCCUGACCACAAAAAGAUUAGCACUCAAUUAACCAGACAAAAUUAGCUGCACUGGGUCCCACCCCAACACCCAUUAACAUUUGAAAAGCAGAACUAAUGGGCCUAAAAAAUGUUAACAUAAAUGCUGCAAGUAAUCAAUGCUCAUAAUGCUUGCUUAAAACACUCUCACAUGGACAGCCUGUGCCUAACAAACCUUAUUUUAGUGCCUUCUUUUUCGGUACCUCAGCAAGUAUUUAUUUAAACAGUCUUUUUGAGCAUCAGUGACCCUACAACCGUGACCUUGAGGACAUGGAUUUGUUCCCCUUCUCCCAAAAAGCUUGUCUUGAAAAAAAAGCAUUCAUUUGUAUGAGAAUAACAGAACAACAAGAAAGCUUAGACCCUUUUAAGUGGGUGGGGAGUGGGACUUGCAAAAGUUUCUUCUACUUGAAUGCCCAACUUUCCCUUAAUUUUCUUAACAUAAUUUCUAGCCAGGAAAUCCUAAUUAUGCACCGAAAAAGAAAAAAAUCUGAGAGAUAUCCAGAGAGUAGCAACCAAAGUGGAGUUCGUCCAGAGUACUCCACAUCAUUCGCUGGAAGGGCUUUCCUGCUAGAGACUAACCAAAUGGAGCCCAAUUUUAGAGUUGCAUUGAGUGUUGAAGCCAUUGAUGGAAAGUAUUCAUGUUCUUUGGAAGUGUUUCUAGGAGAUGUCAAGGUGUGGAAUUCUGGUCAUUAUACGCAGUUCUACACGACAGAUAAAUGUGUGCUUGAGCUCACAGAAGAUGGAGAUUUGCAGUUGAAAGGGCCAGGACAGCAAGUGGGAUGGCGAACUGGAACUUUUGCACAAGGUGUGGAGAGACUGCAAAUACUGAAGACAGGUAAUCUAGUCCUGGUUGAUGCUUUGAACUUCAUAAAAUGGCAGAGUUUCAAUUUUCCAACAGACAUAAUGCUCUGGGGUCAGAGGCUAAAUGUAGCUACUCGCUUGACUUCUUUUCCCAGCAAGUCAAGCACAUUCUACUCCUUUGAAAUUCGACGCGACAAAGUAGCUAUGUACCUGAAUUCUGGUAAGUCCAAUUAUUCUUACUGGGAAUUUAAGCCUUCCAAGAACAGAAACAUCACAUUUGUUGAAUUGGGUUCAAAAGGGCUAGAGUUAUUCAAUGAUAAGCAUAAAAAAAUCGCGCAGAUCUCUUCACAAAGACUUGAACCACUAAGAUUUUUAGCACUGGAGAAUAGAACAGGUAAUAUGGGUCUCUAUUUCUACUCAUCUAAAGAGGGGAAGUUCAAGGCUGCAUUUCAGGCACUCAACACCACAUGUGAUCUUCCUUUAGCAUGUAAGCCUUACGGAGUCUGUACCUUCUCAAAUUCUUGCUCAUGCAUCCAACUUAUGACUAAGGAAAGCAUGAAAAAUUCUAAUUGUAGUGAGGGAAUUCCUGGAAAAUUCUGUGAUGGAGGUCAAGUGGAGAUGCUUGAAUUACCAGAUGUCAUCAGCGUACUGAGGAAUGCGCCCAAAAAGAUUAAUGUUAGCAAGGAAGAAUGUGUAGGUUUGUGCAUAAAUGACUGCAAGUGUCUUUCAGCUUCAUAUUCCUCCGGUGAGUGCUUCAUAUAUCGAGUGGUCGGAGGCAUUAAACAAUCCAAAAAUGCAUCUGGAUUGAGUUACAUGGUCAAGGUUCCUAAAGGAACCACUACGAGUCACGGCAAGCCUAAGGUGAAGAAAUGGAUCUUGGUCAUGGUAGGAGUGAUUGAUAGUUUGAUUAUUCUUCUAGUUGUGGGAGGCCUCAGUUACUAUUUGGUUCGGAAGAGAGGAGAAAAUCCAUCGCGUACUAACAAUACCUCUUGAGUUCUUUUGAUUACAAUUAAAGUA